AUAGGAGUCAUUUUCGGUUGCCAUAUAAGUUCUCACUUUCUGCUACACUCAAUGCACCCAAAGGUGCAAAAAUAUUAAGAUGAUAAACAUUGGAGCACUUGUUGUACUCUUUGCAUUUCUCUUCCUCAGUUGUGCCUAUGCACAAGACACAACAACCCUUGUGCCUGCAAUCAUAACUUUUGGUGACUCAGCCGUGGAUGUAGGGAAUAAUGACUAUCUUCCCACCCUUUUCAAGGCUGAUUACCCUCCUUAUGGGAGGGACUUUGCUAACCACCAACCUACUGGGAGGUUUUGCAAUGGCAAAUUAGCUACUGAUUUUACUGCUGACACUUUGGGUUUUAAGACCUAUGCUCCAGCAUAUCUUAGCCCACAGGCAUCAGGGAAAAACCUCCUUAUUGGAGCAAACUUUGCUUCUGCUGCAUCUGGUUAUGAUGAAAAUGCUGCUACUUUGAAUCAUGCGAUUCCGUUGUCCCAACAGUUAAGUUAUUUCAAGGAAUACCAAGGCAAGCUGGCCAAGGUAGCUGGCAGCAAAAAAGCAGCCUCAAUUAUCAAGGAUGCACUGUAUGUGCUCAGUGCUGGAAGCAGUGACUUUGUGCAAAAUUAUUAUGUCAAUCCUUGGAUCAACAAAGUAUACUCUCCUGAUCAGUAUUCAUCCUACUUAGUUGGUGAAUUCUCAAGUUUUGUUAAGGACUUGUAUGGAUUGGGAGCCAGGAGACUUGGAGUGACUUCACUCCCACCAUUGGGUUGCCUACCUGCUGCAAGGACUAUAUUUGGUUUCCAUGAGAAUGGUUGUGUCUCAAGAAUCAACACUGAUGCUCAAGGAUUUAACAAGAAGCUCAACUCAGCUGCAGCAAGUCUUCAAAAGCAACUUCCUGGUCUUAAGAUUGCAAUUUUCGACAUUUACAAGCCUCUCUAUGACCUUGUUCAAUCCCCUUCAAAAUCUGGUUUUGUGGAGGCAAACAGAGGUUGCUGUGGUACCGGGACUGUAGAGACAACAUCCUUGUUGUGUAAUUCAAAAUCUCCAGGAACUUGUUCUAAUGCCACACAGUAUGUGUUUUGGGACAGUGUCCAUCCUUCACAGGCUGCUAACCAAGUUCUAGCUGAUGCAUUAAUUCUACAAGGCAUAUCUCUUGUCACAUAAAGACUCGUGAUUAUUUAUGUGUUAGAAUUUAUUUUGUACAACUACACAUCGUGAAAGUGAUUCAAAAGUUUGCUGUUUUUCUUUAGUUUGAAAAAAAAAACUGUACUCUAUUUAUUUUAGAUCUUGAGAAAUUUCAGAUAAACUCAUUUGUAAACCAUUUUAUAAUAAUAGAGAAAUGUUUGCUUAUUAUCUGUAAA